AUGGCCUACCCCCAAGAGACGUUCACGCGGACAAUUCUCUCUGAAGGGUCUCUCAUAGCUCGACGCCGUAACGCUGUGGCUUCCAAGACUCUCUUUUACCAACUUAAAAUAUUGAAAGAGACGGGCAGAUACGAUGCAUUCCGACUGCGUCCGCAUCCCUCAUACGACGAUCCUCCUGUGGUAUGGCCGAUACCAAAUCAUAUCCUUUGGGAGUCUGAUGUUGCCAAAUGGAUCGAAGGAGCAUGCUAUCUUCUCCGUGAUUGGAAGGAUCCCGCGGUUGACUCGGCCGUGCAGGAGCUAGUGGACAUGAUUAGGGGUUCUAUACUUGAGGAUGGGGGCCUCAACGUACAUAAUACGAUGGUCGCGCUUGGACAGCGUUUCACCAAUCUACGUGAUCUUCACGAACUCUACAACGCAGGUCAUCUCAUCGAGGCGGCCCUGGCUCACAAUGACUUCUAUCAACACAAUGACCUUCUCGACCCAAUCCUUAAGUACGUCGAACUUUUGUGUCGCACGUUUGGGCGAGAUACUGAAAGGGGUCAAAUCCCCGGCUACCCAGGCCAUCCUGAGAUCGAGCUCGCUCUUCUUCGGCUGUACCAUCGAACCCGAGAUCCUAAGCACCUCAAGUUGGCAAAGUUCUUUAUCACUGAGAGGGGAAACCCAGUCGGCAUCUAUGGCCGCCACUACUUCCGUUUCGAAGCUCACCAAAGAGGAGAAAACCCACACGCAAUCCUGCCAUCCUCUGGCGAGCCGGACGCUCUCUGGUACUAUCAAGCCCAUAAGCCGCUUGUGGAGCAGCAGACGAUCGAAGGCCAUGCUGUGCGCGCCAUAUACCUCCUCGCCGCAGCGGCCGACUUGGUCCGCCUAGACCCGACCUCGAACGCUGGCUUAAAAGAUGCCGUAUACCGACUGUGGGACAACAUGGUCGAAUGCAAGAUGUAUGUAACCGGAGGAAUUGGGGCCGUAAAGCAAUGGAAGGGCUUUGGUCCGAACUACUUCCUCCCACAAGGCACUGACGAAGGUGGCUGCCACGCUGAGACGUGCGCCGCCAUUGGCGUCAUGAUGCUCGCUGAACGAAUCUUACAAUAUGAUCUCGACCGGCGAUUCAGCGAUAUUAUGGAAUUGUCGCUCUACAACGCCGUAUUGACGUCCAUGUCGCACGACGGCACCAAGUUCACGGACGUUAACCAGCUGGCGUCCAGCGACCAAGAUCCUUCAAAACGUGAUGCAUGGACUGCGAGCGCCUGCUGCCCUGCCAACCUUCUGCGGCUUCUCGGCCAAAUCGGUGGCUACGUGUACACGCAAACAGAAGAGUACCCACAUCAGGUCAAUGUCCACCUGUACGUCCCAAGCGCAUACGAGUUCACAUCUGGUAAUAAGCCUGCAACUCUCUAUCAAACGACCACUUGGCCGUGGGAAGGGAAGGUGGUCUUCGGGCUUUCAACGAUAUCGCCACUUGUCACCGUGAGUCUGGCACUGAGGAUCCCGGGUUGGGCAACGAAUUGGCAGUUGGACCCAAGCCCGCCAUCCAACGACCUACAGAACGGCUACCUCAUUCUGUCGGCUGAGUGGCUAUCUGACAACCGGUCCUUUUCUCUCAGUAUUGAUAUCUCGCCUCGCCUUGUCACUCCACACCCGCUUACCAACCAAGAUACUAUAGCCGUGGUCCGUGGUCCAGUGGUCUAUUGCGUGGAGGAUGUCGAUAACCCUUGGGUUGAAGACCACUUUAAGACCACGUUGCUCGACAAGGAGAGUUAUUUCGCCGAGAAGCUCGUGGAUGAUGAGACCACAGGAGAAUACUACGUUGCACUCAGCACCAAGGGGGCUCGCAUGCUCAAGACAGAGGGCAUACGUGCCUACCCCUCCGUUCCCUUUGACGAGGCGGCGAAACUCGACUCAAGUAACAUUCGCGAGUUGAAUUUUGUGCCGUAUUUCUUCAAAGCCAACCGCGGCGGUCGGGGCCAAGCAAGAGUCGGAUUGAGAAGAUGGCACGACGAUCUGUGA